GAUUUCAUGUUUGAUGGGCUCGACAGCAGGCAAAUUAAGACCCUAUCUUUAAAAGCAAGAGAUAGGGUAGAAAGGCAGGCAGCAUAGAAGAUGGCAAACUUUGUUCUGCAGCUUCCAAACAACUUGAGGAGCUUUACUGUUUUUGCUUCUUCAAAUGGGAGGGCUCCCAGUAGUAGCAGUAAUGGUGGUGGUGGUGAAAAUGGAGGGCCGGUGAUAGUGGAGCUUCCUCUGGAUAAGAUAAAGAGACCCCUUAUACGUAGAAGAGCUAAUGAUCCUAACAAAGUUAAAGAAUUGAUGGAUAGUAUUAAAGAAAUUGGCCUCCAAGUACCUAUUGACGUGAUCGAGGUGGAAGGAAAUUACUAUGGUUUCUCUGGAUUUCACCGCUUUGAAGCUCAUGAGCGCCUUGGCCUCCCCGCUAUCCGCUGCAAAGUUCGCCGUGGAACCAAAGAAACUUUGAGGCACCAGCUUCGUUAAGUUUUUGCAAGUUUCUUAGCCAGGAUUUAAUAAAGUAUCCUAAAUGUCAUGUCACCCAUUAUAUAUGCAUACAUUGAGCUUGUUGUUCGCCGACUUGUAUGACAAUCAAUAUAUAUUUGGUCAAUUUGCAUUCAAUAAAGCUAUUUACACAACUCA